GAGACAGCCGAAGAGGCUCAGAAUUUCCUGUGGCAGUAAUAUACUGUGUGAGUAAGCACUGAAUGAGAGAUUUCACAUAAGCAACAGGUUUUGACAUGAAGGAAUUUUCACACUUUUGAGUUUACAACAACAAAAACAACAAAACGUUGUAAUCCAGGGCAGUUGGAGAAACUCUUGUUAAAAUUCCACUCGCCCAGUCCCGGGGAGGGAGGCAGCACCUGCCUGGGGGACCGGCUUCAUUCCGGUGUCGUUAUUGGAGAAUUCGCCGAAUCCAGGGAACGCUCAGAUUUUUUAGAAGGGACUCUUCCACACGUCAUGGGAUGCACGGGCAUUUACUGAGUUCGGGGAGCACGGUUACUUUCAUUUAAAAGGAAGAAAACAAUCAACGUUUUGUCUACUCAGCAAAGAAGGAACUUAUAAGAGACAGUGGAAUAUAGAUUACCACUAUCUUUACUGAACGACUGGCUUUGUUUGGCUGCACUUUGGAAUUUAUCGCAGAAACUCUCGGAGCCGUCAGAAUGACCCCCAUCGGCUGCGCCAAACUGUCAUUCGUCCUUCUUCCCUGUUUAAUUUCCCUUAGCGGGCUGGUGGAAGCAGCGAGAGAGCUCCAGCUGCUGCCGGGACACAAUCCACAUGUGCAUCACGCAGGAGGGUCCCUCACGCUCACCUGCAGGGGUCCGAGAGUGCUGAACUGGAGUCUUCCCAGCAGAAGCCUACUUUCUGAGGGAGUCCGUGUGGAGGACUGCACCCACAGGAAACAGAACUGCAAGAGGCUGGUCCUACACAACCUGACCUACAAUGACACUGGCUAUUAUAAGUGUAGCUCCCACAGACACACGGAAUCCACUUAUGUGUUUGUUGAAGAUCACGCUCAACCUUUCAUGGAACUUUACUCAGAUGAUCCACUGGUGCUGUCUUCGUAUCGAUAUGACCCGUCUAUCCUAAUACCCUGCAGAACAACAUCACCUGGCUUAAAUGUCACCCUGGAGACUUCACCACCCAUGGCAGAUGAUGUCAAAGAGGGAGUACGAUGGGAUCCCAAGGAGGGUUUUACCCUUCCAUACAAAACCCCCUACGACUACUAUUUUAUAUUGAAAUGUUCUACCACUGUCAAUGGCAGAGAAUACAGUUCUAACUACCUUGUUGAAAGAACAACUAAUCUACUGAAGAACGUCAACGUCAGCCCUCCUCAUGUUGAACUGCUGGUUGGGUCGCCGCUGGUCCUCAACUGCACAGCGGAGACCGAACACAACGGCAAAAUCAUUUUUGAGUGGGAGUACCCCAAUGGCACACGCACGUCCGGCAAUAAUAGACGCCAUGAAGACUUUAUAAAGAUGAAUGUCCUCACCAUCCCCAAUGUCACCAUGCAGGACAUGGGGAACUACACGUGCAUGGCCAGGAUCAAGUACCAGAAGAACGCCAGCGCAGCGGUCAUCGUCCACAAGCACCCAUUCUUGAAGCUGGAACACAGGGGUCCUCAUUCCAUUUCAGUUCGAGAAAAUAAGAAAGUCAUCUUUGAACCUUUUGUCAAAAGCCUGCCCAAUAAAUUUGAAGUAACUUGGUACAAGAACAAUGUGCUUCUCCCGAAGAAUGCCACCUGCUAUCGACUGUUAGGCCACAAGCUCAUCAUCAAAGAGGCGAAGGAGGAGCACGCAGGGGUCUACGUCAUCCAGGUGAAGAACACAGCAGUGGGCCUCUCCAAGAACCUCAGCUACAGCCUGGUGGUCGAAGUGAAGCCAGUGAUUCUUGAGGAGGACGUGAAGACCAAGGAGCCGCGGCCCAUCCCCCACAGCCAGCCUCAGCAUCUCACCUGCACCGCCUUCGGUGUCCCUGUACCAGACAUCACCUGGUUCUGGCAGCCGUGCGACCCGCAUCCAGACCUUCAAGAGUGCAAACUGCUGAGUGGACCCCAAGCUGUCCAGGCUCAAACUGAAGAGGAUUACCCGUCUAACUGGAUUGAGACCAUCGACAGCAAGUAUGCAGAGUUUAAAGGGGCCAAUAAGACCAUUAGCACCCUGGUGGUGGCUGCAGCCAAUGUCUCGGGCGUUUAUUCCUGUCAAGCUAUCAACAAAGUUGGCAAACACACAAUGAGCACGAUUUUCUACGUCAGCGAUGGGUCAGAAUCCUUAGACAUAUCUCCUGGCACAGCCAUUGAAGGGUCUGAUAUCACACUGACGUGCCGGGCUACACGAUACCUCUACAGUUCUGUGCGCUGGUAUGAUGCUUCCAACCGAACCGUCGUGGAGAGAGAAGAGUCGUCCGGGCUGUACUCCACGUCAGUCUCCAUCCUGGUGCAGAACGUGUCCAGAAACCUGACAGAAGACUAUCACUGCAGGGCCCUCAAUCUCCACACAGGCACAGAGAUCCAGAAAUCUGCUGCACUUGUUAUCAAUGAGAGGACCAGCCCAUCUCUGAGACACAACCUGACCAAUCAGGACGUGAACAGCAGCAGCACUCUGACGCUGAGCUGUCUCGCCCGCGGGGUGCCACGACCCAACAUCACAUGGUACAAAAAUGACCUUCCUGUCGUUGAAGGACCAGGGAUCACCCUGAUGGCAGAGGGGGUCCUGAUCAUCCAGCGGGUGAAGAAGGAGGAUGAGGGGAUGUACGAGUGCCGGGCCAGCAAUGAUAAAGGAGCCGUGGCGUCCAGCGCUGUGGUCCGAGUCGUUGGGGACGAGGGGAAAGCCAACAUUGAAGUAAUAGUGUUGGUGAGCACCGGUGCGGCGGCCACCUUCCUCUGGAUCAUGCUCAUUCUCUUCAUCCGCAAACUCAGAAAGCCCAGCUCUGCCGACAUCAAGACGGGCUACCUGUCCAUCAUCAUGGACCCAGACCACAUGCCGUUGGACGAGCAGUGUGACCGCCUGCCGUAUGAUAGCAAUAAGUGGGAUUUUCCCAGAGACCGCCUCAGACUGGGUAAAACUCUAGGGCAUGGGGCUUUUGGGAAAGUGGUGGAGGCCUCCGCCUUUGGGAUUGAUAAGCUGUCGACAUGCAAGACGGUAGCUGUGAAAAUGCUGAAAGGCGGAGCCACCAAUAAUGAGUGGAGAGCCCUCAUGUCUGAGCUGAAGAUACUGAUCCACAUCGGUCACCACCUCAACGUGGUCAACCUGCUGGGAGCCUGCACCAAGCCCGGAGGUCCCCUGAUGAUUAUCGUGGAGUACUGCAAGUAUGGCAACCUGUCCAACUACCUGCGGAGCAAGAGGGCUGACUUUGUGGUGUAUAAGAGUCAGGAUGGCAAAGCGGUACACUCGGGCUCCGGCUGUGACCUGAGCGAGCUCAUCAAGCGUCGGCUGGAGAGCGUCGCCAGCACCGGCAGUUCCGCCAGCUCCGGCUUCAUCGAAGACAAGAGCUACUGCGACUCUGAAGAGGAGGAGGAAGAAUCUGAGGACUUGUAUAAGCGGAUUCUGACAAUGGAGGACUUGAUUUGUUACAGCUUUCAAGUGGCGAAAGGCAUGGAGUUCUUGGCCUCACGGAAGUGCAUCCAUCGCGACUUGGCUGCCAGAAACAUUUUGUUGUCUGAAAACAACGUGGUGAAGAUAUGUGAUUUUGGCCUGGCGAGAGACGUCUAUAAAGACCCUGACUACGUGCGCAAAGGAGAUGCCCGGCUCCCCCUGAAGUGGAUGGCGCCCGAGGCCAUCUUUGACAAGAUCUACACCACACAGAGUGAUGUGUGGUCCUUCGGCGUGCUGAUGUGGGAGAUCUUCUCGCUGGGCGCCUCCCCAUACCCUGGCCUCCACAUUGACGAGGAGUUCUGCUGCCGACUGAAGGAAGGCACUAGAAUGAAAGCACCUGAGUACUCCUCCUCUGAGAUAUACCAGACCAUGCUGGACUGCUGGCAGGGGAACCCUCUGGACAGACCCACAUUCACAGAGCUGGUGGAGCAACUCGGGGACUUGCUGCAAGCCAGCGUGCAACAGGAAGGGAAGCAUUACAUCCCCAUCAACACCCUGCUGAGUAAAGAGACCAAGCCCUCCAGCCCUGCGCCCACAGAGGGCUCCUCCAGCCGGCCUCUCUCCCAGAGGGACUCGGGCACAUGGAACAUUAAGGUCCGACCCGCUAGCGUGAAAACCUUCGAUGAGGUCACCAUGGAGAAUGGGACAGACGAGCUCCACGAGGGGGGGCAGUCAGUGGACAGUGGAAUGGGCCUGUCCUCAGAUAGUAUGAAGACACUGAAGCGCUUGGAGUCCCUGGCCAGGCCCUUGAGCAUCAUGGCUCUGGCGAUGAAAACUGUGAGCAAGAGUAAGGAGUCCAUCCUGACUGAAGGGGACCGGGAGAAGCACCAGGGCCCAAAUCCCUCACUGGACUACAGCCUGGAGGACUCCUCCCUGGACCCCGAGCUGGAGUGUCACAGCCCCCCUCCAGACUAUAACUCUGUGGUCCGCUACUCAACCCCGCCCGUCUAGAGAUGACCUGUGCUGAGACCCCCCCAAGAGCCACCAGCCCUCUCUGCUCCUCGCCUGGGCAAUCUCAUCACCUCUGCUCCCCUCCCCUCCUCUCCUCUCCUCUCAUCUUCUCCUCCUGAACCGAAGCUUAUGCCUCCAGCUCCUCAGGAGUUGUCACAGGCAGCCGCUCUUGUUUGAUAUCUGUUUUCCCCCUAGUUUUGGUGCCAUAGUUGCAGUCAAUUCUUUGGACACUCGUGCCUCUCUUUGUUCUGUUUUCAAAUGAGCACUUUCCACUUUCCAGGGGCAGAUUGUGUUUGUCAAGGCAAGUCCAGUGGUCAGAGUAGGGGAAGUCCAUUUUUCAUUAGCCUCCCAAAGCGCUGCUGAAACUGUGCCCACACCACUGUGCUAUCCACAGAAACAGCUAAAGACAGCCUCAGGUAUUCCUUUUAUCUACUGUGAACACAAAAGAAGCACAACACACACUCCUGCUAUAGCACACACACAUCUAAUGACAUUCCACUUAAGGCACUGGUGGCCAUCCAGAAAUGAAGCACAGUAAGACAGUGAGGAGGGUGGGUUUUUGAAUGGUUUUGACAUAUUAAUUAUUUCACUUCUGUACAAACAUGUUAUGAAACUGGAAUGUUAUUUGAUAUUUUAUUUUAAUAGUAUAUAAUUAUUUUGGAAAUAGCCCUUAAAUAUUCUAAAAUAUUUUUUUAAUAAAUGUUUUAUUUCUAAGCUUAUUCUUAGGCUCGCUAAAGCGUUUCUGUCAGACUAGCACCACAUGGGUUCUUGAAUAAUUGAAAACGCAGUCUGGAAACAUAGCUGUCUCACUGGAUUAGCCAGACGUAAAGAAUCCACAUCAACUCCACACGAACGCUGUCUCGCCCAGGUCAGUUUGAGGAAGCCAAAAGGUUUGUCUUUCUCGUAGUUGCCUCUAAUUCCAACCCGUGCCUCUGUGACACUGUGACACUGCUCGGUGAGAGUAGCUGUGCCCUCACCCUGUCCUAUACUUAUCAUUAUUUAUUUCACUUACUCUCAUAAAAUUGUAUUCCACUUGAACGUAUCUCUGUAGUAUUUUAAAGGAAGAAUGAAUUUGGGGGGAGCUGUUUUGUUGUCAGUAUUAUUAGUCAUCACCACAUGUUAUGUGUCUUGUGUGUUAUGUGUCAGAUUAUUAUAUGCUUUCAGUUCAAACGUUCACAUGAGUCAGAGAACAGUCAAACCAAAGGCAAUGUCUUCUCCUUCCCCUCUGAUGCAAGGCCUCAUGCUGUUUACACUACUGUAUACAUGACCAUUACCAGUUAGUGGUGUGUUGCUGUUGCUAACCAGAUUGUUUGUUGUCAUGGUAUUCUGCAAGUCAUUUUUUUAUGCUAAAAUAUAAGGAGAGCUUGCAGGGCAGGCUUAUAACCUCUUCAACAGGCUAGGCACUGUGGUCUAUAUACUGCUCAUGCUAAGUUAAGUUCAAAGCUUGUGCAAAUCUAUAGUUUUUGCUCUGUAUCAAAAGUGAAAGCUGUUGAAAAGGUAAACAGAAGGGAGUUUUAGAUGUAUCAUUGGAGGAGGUGCCAGCUCGUUCAACACUAACUUAGUGGAUAAGUGACAGUAUUGCAGUUAGAAUUACAUUUGACACCAAUUUCUCAAUUUCAAACAAGAACUGCCAAAUGAUGUUUGUAUUUUUCUAGAUUGACUAGUUUGUGUGCGCUUUGAUGAAGUAAGAUGUAUGCACUGAUAUUUUUUAUCAAAUAUGGAUUUUUUUUUGUAUUCAAAAUGUAUUUUAUUAUUAACCAAGCAUAAGACUUAAAUAAAUGAAUAAAGAUUUAUAUAUUUAUACGUUU